AAGUGCACGAGUGUUCCGAAGGAUAGACGUAUGAAUAUCCAAAUACUUGUCUGGAGCGUGCGCAAACAUGAAAAUUUGCUUCAUUUGCAUUUAUCAACACACAAACCACGCAUCAAUAUCGACGACGUUGCAUGCGGAGAGGAAGAUGGCGGUUGAAUGGCACCGAUCAAACAGCUACGAAAAUGCCUUGGCCGACGACUGUGCCCUUGCUACUGAGAAACUCUGCCCUUCCGUAACCACAGUAUGUCGUGUUUCAAAGUCCAAGAGCAAUACAGUACGAAUCUCGCCGGAACAGGAUGUUUGGAAAGCUUGUACACGAGAAUUAUUCCUCGAGUUUAUCAACCUUACGUACAAAGUAAAAGUGGCAAGAUGUGAGUACAAACAAAUUCUGCAUGGUGUCUCAGGGCAAUUUCGCACAGGAGAAUUCAUUGGCAUUCUAGGACCUUCAGGUGCUGGGAAAACGACACUGGUGAAUAUUCUUGCCGGCUACAAGAGUAAUGAAGCCGAUGGCACGGUACUUAUCAACGGCAGACCAAGAGACUCGGAUGAAUUUCGCAAGUUAUCAUGUUUCAUCAUGCAAGACGACAUUUUAUUGCCUUAUUUGACAGUACUGGAAUCCAUGAUGGUCUCAGCUUCACUCCACCUGAAGAAAGAUCUAAGACAAGAUGAAAAACUGGCGAUAGUACACAGCAUACUCAAUCAACUGGGCUUACUUGAGUUGUGCAAUACACGAUGCAACGAUAUUUCAGGGGGACAACGUAAGAGGCUGGCUAUCGCCUUAGAACUGGUGAACAACCCCCCAGUUAUUUUUCUUGAUGAGCCAACUAGUGGCUUAGACAGCGUGUCUGCAUUCCAGUGCAUGAACUUACUCAAAACUCUCGCUUCGAACGGUCGUAUUGUUGUGUGCACUAUACAUCAACCAAGUGCAAAGUUAUUUGAAAGAUUUGACAAACUAUAUUUGUUGGCUGAAGGUAACUGCUUAUAUCAGGGAACCGUUGAUGGCCUGCUACCAUAUAUGAAAAAGCAAGGUUUUCACUGUCCAAACUAUCAUAAUCCAGCUGACUACGUUAUUGAAGUUUCAUCCGGUGAAUAUGGUGAUGUAGUUCCACUUCUAGUAAAGGCAUGGGACGCUCACGUUGCGGAAAAUGUGUCCCAGGGAAGUUCGACGAGCAGCAGUUCGAGCUCGAAUUUCAAACAGAUGAUGGUCUCGAUGCUCCCUUGCACUAUGAAAACUGAAAAUAAAAGUAUAUUUGGCGGAGUAAGCCAACUUUCACAGUUCGUGGUUUUGUUCAAACGAGCUCUGCAAUCCCUGAUCAGAGACAGAUUGUUCACUCACCUUCGUGUCGUCUCAAUAACAGCAGUCGGCAUCCUGAUUGGUUUGUUAUACCUUGGAAUUGGUAACGAUGGCAAUAAGGUUUUCAACAAUACUGGUUGCUUGUUCUUCUCUUUGCUGUUCCUGAUGUUCACAUCACUCAUGCCUACGGUUCUCACAUUUCCAUCAGAAAAGCUGAUAUUUAUCAGAGAACAUCUUAACAACUGGUACAGUUUAAAGUCGUACUACUUAGCAAAAACAAUGGCCGACCUCCCCUUUCAGAUCGUAUUUCCUGUGAUCUAUUGCCCUAUUGUGUAUUUCAUGACUGACCAACCGUAUGAGGGAAUGCGAUACUGGCAGUUUUUGACUAUAACCAUACUGACGUGUCUUGUUGCACAAUCUAUUGGGUUGCUGAUUGGAGCUGUUGCCCCCAGUUUGUCGACUGCUGUUUUUGUCGCCCCGAUAACGGGUAUUCCAGUUCUUCUAUUCAGUGGCUUUUUUGUGAACUUCGAGACAAUCCCCAAUUACAUGCAGUGGUUGACGUAUGUGUCUUACGCAAGAUACAGUUGGGAAGGUAUUAUCGUCGUUAUUUACGGCAACAACCGAGCACCACUCGACUGCGACGCAGCCCGGUGUAUAUUUCGGAACUGUUCCGAUGUUCUGUCCACAAUGGACGUAAAAGAGGACGCUUUGGAACUGAAGGGAGCAAAAAUCUAUUUAAAUUGUGUUGUGUUGGGGGGAUUUUUCUUAGUACUUCGUUUGGUUACAUACUUUGUCCUACGGUUCAGAUUAUGGUCUCACAGGUGAAGCUAUUUAGAAGUAUAAGUUAUUCACUUCAUCGUCCAUACCUCUAAUUAUAUAUAUAGAUAUAUAAUUAGACUAAAUGGUUGAUUUACGCUAUCAAAUAUUUCCACUCAUUUUAGAAACUUUAGUUGAGAGUAAUUAAUCACAAAACCCCCAUGAUCUAUAUAAAGUUUUGAUAGUAUAAAUCAGCCUGUGGGCUUUCCUUGUGAUAAGACUGUGGUCGCAUUUUUGAAGAUGGGAAUAAUAGUAACAAUUUGAGAAAAUUUAAAUUUUGAGAAAACGCAAGGGUUCGUAUAUAAGCACUUGAUAUUAAUUCAAGUCUAUUUGCAUCCACCAUUAUUCUUUUAAUGAUUUUGAAUGAUUAACACUCCAGUCACAAAGCACGCUAUGAGGGCUAUGGUGAAGGGGAAGUGUAGUAAAUCUAUACAAGUUUGAUCCUAGAGGAAGCAUCGCGAAUUCAACUUUCUUUCACUAGGGGUUUGGUCAAGCUUUCAUGUGACCCAUUUGGUCUUAACCAUAUAUUUUUAAUUUGGUGCACGUCACAUUACGCCGACUGCUUUAGGAAAAUGUUAUUGUAGACCGUGACAUUGGUGUCCAUAGAUCAAGGAACUUUUAUCUCGGUUGCAUGCAUGACCACAGUCUUAUUAUCAUUUGCCCAUAUCAUAUAUCUUUUCCUAUUUACAAACCGCGCUUAAUCAUAUAUGUUAUACUGUAUGAAUAUGUAUCUAGAAUUAUAAUCAAAUAUUAUUGAGACUCAAAA